AUGCAAAGACCUGGUGACCCACAUUUCAUGGGAAUUCUCUUAAAUUCUAUUGAUUGUGAUGAGAUCGAAACCAUGACUAGCUUAAUGGAAGCUCUCCGAAUUCCUUUAAUGGCCAAAAUCGAGGUCAACGAAAUUGUAUUUUCAAUUAUUUUAGAAAGAAAAAUGGCGGAGGAUGCUUUUAGAUUUUACAUGUUCAUAUUGUGUGAUAUGGAUUGCAAAUUGAGUGCCAUUCGGUUCUUUGAAGCUUGUGUUUCUAAUGAUAUUUUAGUCAAAGACGCGUUAGACGCAAUCUAUAAAAGUGAUUUUAAGAGCCUUGUUUGCAUUUCCUUAUAUUGUGAAUUUGAAGUUAAAAGAUCUUUAAUUACAAUUAUUUCAAGGUAUAUUGAGUUUCACAAGUUUGAUGCAGCAGAAACAGCUGUUCAGAUUGGAAUACUCAAAGCGAUCAAAUCUUUCAUUCCAGAUCACAUCCAAUUAGUUCUUGAUUCUCUUAACGCUAUUAUUGGGAAGUACUAUGAAGAAAAUCAAGGAGCUAUCAUAUAUGGUUUGAUCGAUGAAAACAAAAUCAUUGAGAAAUUGGAUGAAGCUUUAGAAGAUCUUGAUAAUGAUGAAGAUCCUAAAACUGAUGAAGUUUUCGAAAAUCUCACUGAUUUUCUAGAAGCAUUGAAUCAACUCGUCGAAUAG